AUGUCCACUGAGAGCUCCCCCCUCCUGAGCUACCGGCUCUUCAGCGUGGUGGACGACGGGGAGAUGCCGGGGAGCCGGGCCCAGGAGGAGGCCCCCCUGGUGGGGGGGGAUAUGGGGGGCGCCGCGGGUCCCCCGCAUCCCGACCCGGCCCGCCGGCUCUCCACCUUCUUCGGCGUUGUGGUGCCCACCGUCCUGUCGAUGUUUAGCAUCGUCGUCUUCAUGCGUGUGGGGUUCGUGGUGGGGCACGCCGGGUUCCUGCAGUCGCUGCUCAUGCUGGUGGUGGCCUACGUCAUCAUCCUGCUGACCGUCCUGUCCGUCUGCGCCAUCUGCACCAACGGUGCCAUCCAGGGGGGCGGGGCCUACUUCAUGAUCUCGCGGACGCUGGGCCCUGAGUUCGGGGGCAGCAUCGGGCUUAUGUUCUACCUGGCCAACGUCUGCGCCUGCGGGGUCUACAUCCUGGGGCUGGUGGAGGCCGUGCUGGACGUCUUCGGGGCAGAUGGAACAGACCCCCCCGGCGCCCGCGCCCUGCCCCAGGGUUAUUUCUACAGCUUCCUCUACGGGUCGGUGGUGCUGCUGGUCUGCCUGGUGGUCUGCCUGGUGGGGGCCCGGAUCUAUGCCCGGGCCGCCUUCCUCAUCUUCCUGGUGGUCAACCUGGUGCUGGUGGCCAUUUUCGUCAGCUUCGUGGCCGUGGGGCCCCGCCAGGUGUCCGUCGCCCGGGACGCCAACCACACCUUCAACGCCAGCUUCACCGGCUUCCGCCUGGCCACCCUGCGGGCCAACCUGCCCGCCAUGUACUCCCGCGAUUACACCACCAACAACGUCAUGACGUUCGCCACCGUCUUCGCCGUCAUGUUCAACGGCUGCACCGGGAUCAUGGCCGGGUCCAACAUGUCGGGGGAGCUGAGGAACGCCAGCAGCUCCAUCCCCAAGGGCACCAUCAUCGCUGUGGUUUACACCUUCAUCAUCUACUUCCUCCUUUUCCUCAUGACCAGCUUCACCUGUGAGAGGACACUGCUGAAGGAAGACUACGGCUUCUUCCGUUCCAUCAACCUGUGGCCGCCCCUGGUCCUGGUUGGGGUUUACGCCGCGUCCCUCUCAGCCUCCAUGAGCUCCCUCAUCGGGGCCUCCCGCAUCCUGCACGCGCUGGCCAAGGACGACCUGUUCGGCAUCGUCCUGGCUCCAGCCAAAAUCGUCUCCAAGGGGGGGAAUCCCUGGGUGGCUGUUCUGUACACCUGGGCCCUGGUGCAGCUGGUGCUGUUCGCGGGGAAGCUGAACACCAUCGCCGGGAUCGUCACGGUGUUUUACCUGGUGGCCUACGCGGCCGUGGACCUGGCCUGCCUGGCGCUGGAGUGGGCCUCGGCCCCUAACUUCCGCCCCACCUUCCAGCUGUUCAGUUGGCACAGCUGCCUGCUCGGCAUCGCCAGCUGCCUGCUCAUGAUGUUCCUCAUCAGCCCCGCGGGCGCCUCGGGCAGCCUGGUGCUGAUGCUGGCACUGCUCGGCUUCAUCCACCUGCGGGCGCCCGCCAGCUCCUGGGGCUACAUCAGCCAGGCCCUCAUCUUCCACCAGGUGCGGAAGUACCUGCUGCUCCUGGAUGUGCGCAAGGAGCACGUGAAGUUCUGGCGCCCCCAGAUGCUGCUGAUGGUGGCGAACCCCCGGAGCGGGGCCCAGCUCAUCCACUUCGUCAAUGACCUCAAGAAGGGGGGGCUCUUCGUGCUGGGCCACGUGGAGAUCGGCGAGCUGGACACGAUGCCCUCCGACCCCAUCCAAGCUCACUACAAUUUCUGGCUCAGCCUGGUGGAUAAACUCAACGUCAAGGCGUUCGUGGAUCUGACCCUCUCACCUUCGGUCCGACAGGGAACCCAGCACCUGCUGCGCAUCACGGGGCUCGGCGGCAUGAAGCCCAACACGCUGGUGCUGGGUUUUUACGACGCCUGCGUCCCCGACGACUACUUCCUCCACGACCCGGCCUUCAGCCAGGCCCGGGAGAACGACCACUUUGGGGUGGACCUGCCGGCCCUCCAGGCCCACUUCCCCGCCGUGCGUGGGGACGGCGUCCCCAAAGCCCUGCCGUCCGCCGAGUACGUCUCCAUCCUCUCGGACGCUGUCAAGAUGCACAAGAACGUCUGCCUGGCCCGCUACUUCCCGCUGCUGGACAAGGAGCGGCUCUUCUCCUCCAAGGCCGAGGGCUGCUUCGUGGACGUGUGGCCCCUCAACCUGCUGCGCCCCGACACCCCGGCGUACGUGGACGUCUGUAGCCUUUUCCUGCUGCAGCUGGCCUGCAUCCUCACCAUGGUCAGCUCCUGGCGGGCCGCCUGCCUCCGCCUCUUCCUCUGCGUGGAGUCGGGCGACCGGGGCUGGGUGGCCAAGGAGGAAAAACUCAAAGAGCUCCUCAGCAAGCUGCGUAUCAAGGCCACCAUCCGGGCGGUCACCUGGGACCACGUGGUGGCCCUGCACGGCCAGCGGCCGGCGGCCGGCGAGCCCUUCCUCAACCCGGCCGCCCACCGGGUGACGGACGAGUACCUGGCGGCCGUCAACGCCUUGGUGCUGCAGCAAGGGGGCCAGGUGGCCGUGAGGUUCCUCUACUUGCCCCGGCCGCCGGCCGACACCUCCAUGUAUGAGCGGUACCUGGAGCAGCUGGAGAUCCUCACCCGGGACUUGGGGCCCACCCUGCUGGUGCACGGCCUCACCCCCGUCACCUGCACCGAGCUGUGA